UUCGCUUUUUAGGGACUCGGAUCCACAUAAUAACCAGGGCCGGCCCCCCAGGCCCACUUCGUGCACUUUCUCCUCCCCCCCCAGGUUCUUGCGAUGCCCGCCUUUUUUUUUUCAUCUGCCUUCCUCUCCCUAGCUCCCCCACAUGUGUCUCUCCUUGAGCUACUGGGUCCCUGGCCUGCUGGGCGGACAGCGUUCCUGCGAGGGGUCAGCGUUUUGCGCCGGGUCCUCGAGUGCGGCUUGCGUGUGGGGGGCCCCCCUUGGCGCUGUCCUCCCCCCUUGCUUGUGCUGGUCCUCUUGGCAUGCUCCUGCGCGCGGGCAGGUGGCUCGCUUGCGUGCGGCAGUGCGUGGACUUGCCGGCGAGGGUGCUCCUCCCCGGGCAGCUUCCGCGCUUGCCCGUGCCACCGUCCGGCGUCCUGUGCGCGGCUCGCGUGUAUCCCCUCUCAGGGUGGGCAUUGUGUGCCUGCGCGGGGGGAGCCUUUUGACGCAUUCUCCGGGCGAAGCGCGCCGGCCCUGCUUUUUUGCUCCUGUUGAUGGCUUUGGGUGUGGGAUCGCGCGCUUGCCUGGAGCAGCCGCUCGUCAGUGGACCUCCGCCGGGGGCUUCUUUGUGCGGUUGCUCGCGCCUUUGUCGAGGACAUGCGAAUGUAGCGGCCUCUUGGCCAACCCACGGCAGGGUAGCAGUGGCCGUUGCCUCGCGGCGGGAGGGACGGGCCGCAUUUCCCUCGGGCCCUCUCUGCCCAUGUGCGCCAUUGCCGUUGUGUCGCACAAGAGGGGGGGGGGCCCGGUCGGCCAAAGCAUGCCCGACGGAGACCCUGCCCAUGGUCGACCGACCAUCCAGGUUGAGAUCGACGGGGAGGUGCUCGCUCGAUCUGCACACCAGGAAGGCCAAGAGGGCAGAAUAGCCCAGCCCAAAGAGUAUCGUCAGCUGCGCGUGCAGCUCCGGCCCGAGGGGCCCAGAUCGCCGGAAGACCACCGCCAGGAGAGUGCCGCAUUUGAAGGCGCAAGGCGGGUGUGCUCGCGUCGGCGUCCUGAAUGCCGACGUGCCGCCGCCCACCUGGUGCCUGAUGCCCCGGGGGCAGUGUCAAGGCACGAGAUGCAGGGCGUGGAACUGCCCCGGUCGCUGGGCACAGUGAAAAAACCGAGCGUCACAUAUGGCACCCUCCUCCGCCGGGAUGGCAACCAGCAUGAACGGGCAAGGGCAUGGGCCCACCCUGGCGCGACAUGUCGCGCCAGGGUGUUGUGGCAUCCAGCCGAUGCGCUCCGGCUCCUGCGCGCGUUGAAAUCUCGCCCGCCGAGAGGUGUAACGGGGGCGGGGCCAAUGCGGGACCUGGCACCCGGUCGCCGCCGGGGGCGUGAUGCGAUGGGUUGUUCGGUUGUCUCGUCGAAGGGGGGGCCCUGGCCCUACGGUAGGCCGGCCCAGCGGGGCCGGCCAGGAAGGUCACGGCCACUCGUCCUUGACGAUGUCCGGGCUGCAGGGGCGUCGCUGCCUGAUGGUUGCAUUACCCUAUGUUCGCGAUUCCCUCUUGGCGCACCUCCUCCUGGCAUCGUCGACAGUAAGUAUGGGGGCCGCGAGAGGGCCUGUGCACGGGGCAGGCUCGAUGCGUUGCUCGGUGUAAAGACACUCGGGCGCGGAAUUGGGCGUUUGACCUACAGGGACGGGGCAGCCGCCGGCUGGGGCGAUCCUCGACUCGUCGGGCAGCUUCUCGGCCUACGUGCUCGCCGUGCGCUAUGGCUGGCUCCCGACAGCCAUGCCCGCUGCCGAAGUUGGGGCCUCUUGGAAAUCGUUGCUUCUGCUUGUUCAUUCGCAAAAGUGCUGCACAAGCGCCGGGGCCAACUCCAUGCCUGCAUCGAGUUCCUGGUGUUCCGGAACAUGGCAAGCGAGAGGAGGAGACAGACGAGCACCCGGCCAGGCCAUGCGGAGGGUGGCAGGAGGAUGCGCGCACGCGCGCAGCCCGGGGAGGGAAGGGUUGUUGGGUGGAAUGUCGAAUUUGGGCGGCGUCGGACUCGGCUCAGAUGGAGGGAGGAUAAAACCCCGAAACACCCAUCACUAGGCCGCACUCGAGAAACGCAGUCCGAGGGCCGUGUGAGGACGAAAGCAUCGGGCAUCGCGACGCGGUGUGCCACCUCCCCCCCAGGCGAGGACAUCCACCAGGGGCCCGCGUGUGGUCCGCGGCGCUGCAGGGGCAAAUGCCACACCUCGCCCUGGCGUCAGGCUGUGGUGAUGUGGGGCGUUGGUGCCCGGGGACCGAUGGUUUUCGUUGUCUCGCACCUGUCGGCGGCCCUGUGCCGGCCGGUGGUCUUCGGUGUCUGGUUUCCGGCACCGCGAUGGAGCAUGCGCCGCUGGGAGUGCGCGUCGUGCAAGGGGCCGCGGCUGUCAAUCCGCCAGGCUGUCUGCCAUCAUACAGGCGGCGAUCUGGCAGCCGGAUCCCUGCGUGGAUCCGACGGGGCUCUUUCUCGUGAACUCGAGAAAAGGCACGCCAACGGGGAGGUGCCCCGGAGCUGGGGUGGGCCAUGCACGCGGCCAUCGGUCGCACAUGGCGAGGUCUAUGGGUUCGGCGCGCCGGGGGUCCCUCGCUGACCGAGCUGCCCCGAGUCGGCCCGUGGUCAGCCGGCGGGCAGCCUGGCCUGGGGCAUUUCUUGGCCCCCAGCAUGGCCUUUGCCCCUGCUUAUGUCGCUGUUGUCGCCGGCAUUGCUGACACAGCCUGCCGGGAUGUCCUGGCGGUGGAAUUUCCUCCCUCCCAACUGAGGCCCCAGCAGAUCUAGGACACUGCUUGUGGGCAUGUGAAUGGGUCGCGCAGGAUCCCGGUCGCCAUUCCCCUGGAGAGCGGGAAAAUGGAUCGCUUUCCACCCUGCUAAAAGGACCCUUGCAUCGGUGCCCGCAUAUGUGGUGGUCGCCCCAUCCGGAAUGGGGCCCUUCGUCGGACAGACAGCUGAUGGGCACAAUGCCACCCCUACGAAUGAGACUGCCCUGAUGGGUCACAGGCAUGGCCGAUUGCGGAGGCACAAGACACCCAUUGGCUUAAUUUAUACAUGCGAGGAGGGUGGAGCUCCAAGCGGACUCGGACGCCUCCUUGUUGGCGCCUGUCGCCCUCCAUCCCCCCACUCUUGGCGCAUAGGGCCCCAUGAGGCCACGGUUUGCCGAGCGAGAGGCUCGCAUCUCCUCGGACACGAGGCAGUCAGGUGGCGUCACACCACCUCCCAUGACUGCCGCGUUCUUCCUCGAGCUGCGGGUCUCGGCGUAGUGUCGGAAUGUUUGCAACCCCGGCGAGUCGAUCUUGCCCGCCGGGGCUGUUCGCCUGCGAGGGGGUUGCAGAGGCGAGUAAGCGAGCGCGGUCCGGUUCUGUAACGACCGUGUGCUGUUGGGAUGUUUGCUUUUUCGAUGAUCAUCAAGCCCUGAGCAAGGGAAUGUCAAGGGCCAGCUGUGAGAGCCUUGCUCGUCCGAAAACUAGUCGAGCGCUGCGAUGCCAGUCGUACGCUUCGGCUCUUGGCUCGGCGAAAGAGAUGGGGAGGUUUGAUUUUGGCGCUUGGCGACCCUGCGAUUUUCAAGGGAUGUGCGUGGUACUGCGUGCCCAGCAUUGGUACUCCCGGGUCAGUGUCUUUUAUUUGGCCGAUUGCCCGGAACAUGGGCCCUGUCUCACGGCCGCCGAGCAACGCCCGACUGUCGAGACCAGCGGAUGCCGUCGUCUGGCACAGGCGCGAUUGCUUGCAACUGGCCGUCCCGCGAGGAGGAAGGCGCCUGUGGGGGGGGAUCUUUGGCUGUCUUGCAUUCAUUUAAAGAUGUAUUUGGCUGCCUUUGCUCUUGCCCUCUUCUUGAGCAUCCUGGGAGGGUAGACGCCCAGUUGGUCAAAAAUGUCCUCGUGCCCCUGACGAUGUGUCAAGAGAAUGCGCGUCUUCGUCGAGGCUCCAUCAGCCCUCGCUCUUGGCCCGGGGACCGGGAUCGAGUACUGGUGUGGACGCCGGUCCUCUUUCAAUCCGGACCCUCUUCCAAGGCUCGGUCACAUCACCUGGGGGGGGGGGGGGCGACGGGGGUCCUUCCAUGUCGUGUACAAGCACACUAUCAUUUGCCCCACUUGCGCCUUGGUAGGUUAGAAACGAUGGUAAAGUACUGAUCUACGCUCAUGGGGGCGGGGUGUAAACGCGCUCGGGAAACAUAUUUAUUAUUGCAUAUAUUGACAGUACAUGGCCUUAAAAGCAAAUACCAGAAAACUGGAGGGACUAAGCGAGGGGAAGGAGGGGGAGGAAUGAAGGCACGAAAAUGAAAGAGGCCCUAAUGAUGCCAUAGGGAGAUAUUCUCUAGUUGGCGGACGAGAUAGCUAACAAGAAUGUCAUCCGGGCCAAGGGAGCAGGUAGUCGUGGCGGCAAGAAGACGCAGGGCCUGCUGGCGACCGGACAGAGCCGAGUAAAUGCCCAACCAAGAGGCAAAGACAGCCUGGGUAAAGAAGAAGGGCCUGUAAGCGCUUCAGACACCGCAUAAUGAUGGUCUCGAGAGCCGACUUGUUGGACAUGUCGGUCAAAAAGUCUUUGACAGCACUAUGUGCACCUUCCUGGGACAGAUUCAGGUUUUCGGGAAUUCUUGGACUCUCUUGGGAGAGGGAAUCUAGCAUGAGUGUCAGAUCCUGAAGGAAUCGGAGAUUGGUGUCGUCAUUAACAGGCCGGAGGUCGGCCGCGGCCGUCGAGGCGAGCAACAUCAUUAGGGGAAUGGAGCUGGUGGAAUCCUUAUGCGCAUGGUUUUCCUGUUGGAGAAGAAUGUCCACCUUUUCGAGGAGGGUGGUCACAACCAAUCUGUGACUUGUCAUGGAAUAGGUGUGGGCGGGGGAGCUGUCACCGCCGGGGAGCAGACCAUUGAUCAUGGCUGGAAUGGAAAAUCGAUCGCUGAUGCUCUGGAGUUGGUAGUCAUGGGGUGGAUGAGAGGUCUGUGUGGCCAAGAUAUGUGUCACAUAGCGAGCCAUGCGCACGGGAAGCCAAAUGUUGGUGUCGCGUUGCAUGGCAAAUUGUGGCAGGAGGGGCAAACUGUGGCUUAACUUGAAGCGCCGGGUACUGUGGUCGGUCAUGAGAGCCUGGACAGGAGGGAUGCUUUGGAGGUCGGCAGACUUCCCAGCAUAACCCGAACUGAAGGACAGGCGAAACAGCGUUGACUGUGUAAGGCACAGGGGGCUGGACCGGGGCGAAGGCCUUAUGGCAGGUGGGGGAAGGUCCAGCGGGGGAGCCGGUAGACGGAGAAGUGGCCUGCCCGGGCGACGGGCGUGAGAUGCUGGAUUUUAGACCGUAGCAACUGCCACCAAACACAGCUCGGGUCAUGGUGGGGGGCGGCGAUGGAACCAGCCCCGCUGCCAGGAGUGAUCACAGCCGGGCGUGCAUGAUGGGGUCUGGAACUGGGCCUGGAGGGCUGAGCGGAGGGCCGGCGUUCGGUGGCAAGAGACUGCGGUGCCCGAGCAGCUCGAUUUUCUCCACCAGCCAUCGCAGGGGCAGCGAGCUCCCUGCUGGGAUUUGCAGGGCGCCCAGGCGGUGGUUGACGGCUGUACAGGCACCAUGCACCGGUGCCCCGAGAGGGCAUCGGGCGCUCGCGAGUGAGACAGGUCAACAGGCCCUCGAGGUAGGAGUGAAGCGCGGGCCACUCUGGCGGUAUCGCAGCGCUGGAGAGACCCACAUGGAAGAGGACUCCAUCGUGGAUGCACUUGAUGCCAUAUUUCGAGAUGCAAGUACCAAUUGGUUGUUUGGAGGGCGCCGGUGGAUGUUUACCAUCGCGAAGAAGCCCAACACGAGGGACUACUGGACAUGUCAGGGCCUUUGAAAAGCCCUUGAGUUGGGGGGGGGGGGGG